AUGUCCGACUCGUACUCGCCUGCUGGUCCAUCCCGGACCCCGAUGAAUGUGAGUCCCCCUCUACAACAGGGCGAUCCAGCUACGUCGGAGCAGGCACGCACCUACCUCUUACUGAAGAGGAGGUUCACCCGCAUUCUACCUACCUUUUGUCGCCGCAGGAGGAAAGCCAAAAUACAGGUGUAUAACUACGAGCCCGACACAACUCAUCGGGAUUGCCACCUUCUUCCAUCGCUACCAGUCUCAGAUGCAGGGCUUGUGGAAAUCAAUGAUGAACAACUUAGGGAACUGCCAUGCGACGAUGCUACGCGCAAGCCUGUAUACAAGUGGGCUACACUGUAUGAGAACCAGCGAGGUAUAACUCUUUUCUCGACACCCUAUUACUCUCCCCAGUCCCUUCUGCCGCUCGAUCCUCCGUCUUAUACCCUCCCCACACCUGAACCUUCCCGACGCGUCUGGAAUGCUCAGCCAACCGUAUCUCUUGCAUCUUAUCCUCUUCCCGACGGAACGUGGCACUGGGUCUCGCGUGAUUGGAUGAUAGAUAUGCGCGGCGAUGAAGUUCAACACGACGGAUUUGAGUAUGCAUGGUCUUUCCGCUCUAGACGCUGGCGCCCUAACGCGGGCUGGCUGGGUGCAGGAGGCUGGGUUCGACGCAGAAGAUGGGUUCGGCUCAUGGUGCGGAAUCCUAGAAGGAAAAUUUCGGCAACAAACCUGAAGCAGACUGGGGAUGGAAAUCAGCUGGAAGGCACGCCAAUUAUGGCGGAACACGCCCCGCAGCUAGUCUUGAUCAUGCAUGAAGAUGACGACGUGACGAGACCACCUUCCGUUGUAUCGAGUCCGGUUGAAGAUGAAGAUGAUGUAAUGGGGGUAUGGAAGGGUGAUGAGCGCGAUUGGACGAGGUGUCACGACGCAUUGAAGAGGCUCGAUCGGGACGGACGUAAGCUUGAGCUGUGGAAGCGGUGGCUUGGGAUCGAUUAUCCAUUGGACGAAAGUGAUACAGCGCCAAAUGCUGGUACCCCUGAGGAAAAUAAAGAGGAGAUUAUCGUUGAUGGGAAGGGGAAAGGGAAGAUCAUAAGCAGACAGUACGAUGCACCGCCUUCGUCACCUGGCAGCUCGUCCGUGGAUAAAGAACUUGCUAAUGAUACGGGCAUAAGGUUGGAAAAGGCGCCAAAAGAGUUUAUUGCUCCGAUAAUCCGCAUAUAUGGCGCUGAAGUUCUCAAUCUCUUUGUUUACCCAGACUCUCGAGCGCAAUUCUUGCAAAUACUUGAUAUCGCUUGCUUGCUGGAAGAGCUGAGAGCGGGGAUGAGUGUCCCCAAUAGUUCAGAAGUGGUAGACUUCUGGAGCUACGGACACGAGCUCGAGUCUUUGCGAGAUCGGCGAGAUUUGGACCCUGAUUUUGAAAACUGA